UCCUCCUCCUCCUUCUCCCGGGGCUGGGAAGGGGAGGCCCAGCCCCAGCAGCCCUGCUCCAGCCCCAGGACCCGGGAUGGAGCCCCAGGGAGCCGGCCUCCUCCUCCUCUUCCUCCUCUGCCUCCUGGCCGGGGCUCAGAGCCCAGUGGAGGGGGGCCAUCGCCCAGGUUUCCAGCCAUUAUCUGAUUUGUCUUCCUAUGAAAUUGUUGUCCCCAGGAGGAUAACAAGAGAGCGGCGCUCACUGUCCAAAGAGACCAAGGACAAGAUUUCAUUCGAGAUUACUAUAGAAGGAAAGGAGUAUGUGCUUUUACUUACUAGAAGCGAAGAAUUGGUGCCCAAAGACUUCAAAGUGUAUACCUAUGGGAAUGGUGGAAGGCUCGACAUUGAAAGACCAACACUUCUGGAACGUUGCCACUAUCAUGGAAACGUAGACGGAAUAGUAAACUCCUUGGUUGGUAUCAGUAUUUGCUUUGGACUCAGGGGUCUGAUACAAAUCGAGAACAUCACAUACGUAGUUGAGCCCCUUGAUGUUAAUAACCACGUUGUCUACCGAAUGGAUAGAGUGAAAAGAGCUCUCCGGUCCUGUCCGGUUGCUGGCUCGGACAUAAAAUGCCAGGGCUCAUCUUGCCAUCCUCACCCCGUCGAUGGGGUGGAUCAGCUAGUGAGAAGAAAAAGAGGCGUCCUUCUACAGACAAGAUACGUGGAGCUCUUCAUAGUUGUGGAUAAAGAAAGGUACAUGCUUCUAGGCCAGAAUAAAACAGCCGUGACGGAGGAGAUGGUGCAUUUGGCCAACUUCUUGGAUAUGAUGUACUCUACGCUGAACAUCCGCAUUGUGUUGGUUGGCUUGGAGAUCUGGACUUUCGAAAACAAGAUCAGCCUCGAAGGCGGCGCAGCGGAUGUCCUUGCGAACUUUGUCCAGUGGCGAGAGCGGGAGCUUGUUCCGCGCAGGAGGCAUGACAGCGCACAGCUUAUACUGACAAAAGGGUUUGGCGAUGUAGCAGGAAUGGCCUACGUGGGAACAAUAUGUUCCAAGAGCAACGCUGGAGGGAUCAAUGUGUUUGGACCAACCAGCGUUCAGAUGUUUGCCUCCAUUGUUGCUCAUGAACUUGGACACAACCUGGGAAUGAAUCACGACGAUGAAAGAAACUGUCACUGCCCAACGGACAACUGCAUUAUGAAGUCUAAAGCAUCAGGAGCCAGAAAUUUCAGCAGCUGCAGCGAGGAAGACUUCGAAAAGCUCACACUAAACAAAGGUGGAAGUUGCCUUCUCAAUAUUCCCAGGCCUGAGGAAAUCUACAGUGUCCCCUACUGCGGCAACAAACUUGUGGAUGCCGGAGAAGAGUGCGAUUGUGGGUCCCCGGAGGAAUGUAAAACGGAUCCUUGCUGCGAAGCUGGAACGUGUAAACUGCGUUCAGGGGCUGAUUGUGGUUAUGGAGACUGCUGUCGCAAUUGUCAUUACCUAACCAAGGGCACCGAAUGCCGUGAGAAGGCCAGCGAAUGUGACCUCCCAGAGUACUGCAAUGGAACCUCAGCUUUCUGCCCACAAGACGUCACCGUUCAGAAUGGGCAUCCUUGCAACAAGGGCGAAGCCUAUUGCUACAAUGGGUUCUGCCAGUAUUACGAGGCACAGUGUCAGGCUAUCUUUGGCCCAAAGGCAAAAGCUGCUCCUGAGAUUUGCUUUUCUGCAGUGAAUUCUAAAGGGGACAGGUUUGGAAACUGCGGCUAUCACAACUAUGACUACAAGAAAUGCUCAAGCAUGAACUCUAUGUGUGGGAAGCUGCAAUGUGAGAAUGUGAAAACGCUUCCGGUUUUUGGGAUCGAACCUGCCAUCAUUCAGUCUCCGAUCAAAGGCAGUACCUGUUGGGGUGUGGAUUUCCAGCUCGGGUCCGAUGUCCCUGAUCCAGGGAUGGUUAAUGAAGGGACCAAAUGUGCACCUGGAAAGAUAUGCAAGCAUUACCAGUGUGUCGAUGUGGCAGUUCUGGGUUAUGACUGUGACAUAAACAAUCAAUGCAAUGGGCAAGGGGUGUGCAACAGCAAUAAGAAUUGCCACUGUAACUCAGGUUGGGCCCCUCCAUUCUGCAAUACCAAAGGAUAUGGUGGGAGCGUGGACAGUGGCCCUCCGUACAAUGACGAAGAUACCACAACAAGAAACUGGCUGCUGGCAUUCUUCUUUCUGAUUCUUCCCCUACUGUUGACUUCAGUUUUCUGUUACUGUAUGAGAAAUCGUUUGUCGUAUUCCUUGAGGCCACUAGUAGAAAGUUGUUGUGGAUGUUUCAGCAGAUCACGUAACAGGAGACAAGAACCGGUAGGCUCAGAGUUCCCACCGAGCGCCCCAUAUCCUCCAAGGGAUACAGCAUCUCAAAUGAACAUGCCAUCCAAGUGGUAUCCUGUGCCAUCAUACACUGUUAAUCAACAACCUUAUGGCGAACCUUUUCACUACAAACCUCCCGUUUCUUCUCCAAAACCGGUGUUGCCGUCCAGGGAACAGCAUUUCAUCCCAUCAAGGCCUCCGCCCCCAGCGACGAAGACUACAAAAACUCAGGAACCCUUAAUUCCUUCUCGCCCGGCACCUUUGCCUCCCAAAUGACGCCCCGUUUUCAAACCUUUCACGAGUUGCCCUCUUUGCUGGGACAGAGCUGCGUUGGUCUCGCAUCAAGUGGCCCUUGAAACCUUUCCUUUUCCCUUCAGCACUGGAUAAGGAAAAACAAACAAGCAAACAAACAACAACAAGAUGAAACGUGAAACAAACAAAAAAUGCAAAACCAAGGAAUGUAAACUUAUCAAGCAAAUACCUCUACCAAAGCUGCAGGAACCGAAACCACCGAGCCUGUGAACACUGUCUGUGCGAACUGCGGUUGGGCUGCGCUGCUGGAAAAGCGGAUCGGCCUAAAAUAUAGUGGUCCUCUGGACACA